AUGGCCCAGCUAUCAUCCCCUACUCCUACUGUUCCUCGACGACGACGACACUCUGGUACCACGAGUGAUUCAGAUGACUUGCGUUCUGCAUUACAAUCUGCUCGUAAGGCGAACAGUAGCGGCAGGGUAGACCCGCCUCCAAGGCCAAAAUCUACGCCUGGAGAGAGGCCAGCACUAAGAAGGAGACAGAGAAGUCCGAGUGGCAGUGGAAGUGAAUACGAGGACAUAGAGAUGACAGUUCAAGAAGAAGAAGCUAUAAACACCGACCAAAACACUCUUUUAACAACGACCACGAUGGACCGGCCCACCAAACCGCUUCCCACCAAAUCACUCAACCCUCGAGCUCAGGCAUUCAGUAUCACAGUCAAUCCUAAUCUUCCCAAUCUCUCCAAUCCUCAUCUCCUUCCUGCCACGGCUCAUGUUCCUCGGGGUCCCGCUGCCAAUGGUGCAGGUAUCACCUCUUCAUCGGUACCCAGGCGGCUUUUCGUCGUUCUUGAACAAGCUUGCCUCGAAGCGUAUCGUAUCUCAUCAAGCUCAAAAUCCAACGGCAAAAAAGGCAAGGACGGUGAAGUCAAGUACACCCUCUUGAACUGCGAUGACCAUCAAGGUAUUUUGGCCAAAACCGGUCGGGACAUCGCUGAUGCUAGGCCCGAUAUCACUCAUCAAUGUCUCCUCACCCUUCUUGAUUCACCGCUCAACAAGGCUGGCCUACUCCAAGUCUACAUCCACACAGCCAAGGGUGUUCUCAUCGAGGUCAAUCCUCAUGUGAGGAUUCCGAGAACAUUCAAGCGGUUCAGCGGCUUGAUGGUUCAACUUCUGCAUAAAUUAUCUAUCAGGGGUGUCCAAGGUUCUGAAAAGCUACUAAAAGUUGUCAAAAAUCCUGUUGUAGACCAUUUCCCCCCUGACACUUACAAAAUCACACUUUCUGGAGAUGCUCCCCUUCAAAAACUUUCAACAUACCUUCCCACCCUGUUUGAUCCACCCGCAGCCAAGAACUUGGCUGUAUUCGUAGGCGCUAUGGCUCGCGGUAAGGACGAUUUCGCCGACGCUUAUGUUGACGAGAAAAUUGGUGUCAGUCAAUACGCAUUAAGUGCUAGCGUAGCGUGCGGGAAGUUUUGUUGCGCUUUAGAGGAGCUAUGGGAUGUCGCGUAG